UGUACGGCUCCACAGACACGAUGUUGUAGAGUGUAGAGGGUACACGCCAUGGCCUCUCCCCAAUCGCCGACGCGUUCUCCUCAUUUCUGCAUCUGCAUGUAUAAAUACUUCAAUUUCAGAGUAUCUUCCCAAACUCACUUCAGGGACGAAAACAAAAGAAAAAAACAUAAACAUCAAUCCUUGUUUUUUUCGGGGGAGAGCUUCAGCUGAAGCCGAAGAUGGAGAAUGGCGAAGAUGGUGAAGGGGAGCACCCCGGCAGCGUAAAUAUUGGGCAAUCUCUUUCUCUAAGAAAAAUGAUGGAAAUUAUUGAACCGGCAGUAUUGAAAAUUAUUCCACGAGUAUUGAAGCCUAUGGUCAUCAAUGCUGUUCAGGAAGUAAUAAGGCCGAUUGUUGAGGUUUCAUUACGUAAAGUGGUACAAGAGGAAAUUCAAAAAUUUGAAGAGAAGCUUUUGACUGGAGGGACUCGGAAUGACUUGCCAAAAGAAAGGAGUUUACAUCUGAGGUUCUUAGAUGAAGCACCCGAUACUGUUCAGACAGGUAACGAGAUUAGAGGAAUAAAAGGUGAAUGGCUGAAGUUGGCUCUCUGUGAUGCAAGCGGUCAUAUUGUGACCUGCGGCCGUGAAUCUUCUGCAAGAGUGGAGAUAGUACUUCUAGACGCCAGCGGUAAUGAUGUUGAAAAUAACACAACUCCUGAAAAUUUUGAGAGAAGAAUCAUUAGAGCGGGAGACAAGGAGAAGCCUCACUUUGCUAAAAUUGUCUAUGUAAAUCUCGAGAAAGGUGUUGGCAUUUUGAAUGGUCUCAAGUUGGGACAUGGAAAAGACUGGACCAAGUUGUGCAACUGUAGGCUAGGGGCAAGGAUUCUGGCGAACUUUGUAGUGCAAGAAGCGUGGACCAGACCGUUUAAGGUGAUAGACAAGCGCGGCAAGCAUUAUGGGAAACACAACACACCAUUUCAUUAUUCUCAAGUUUGGAGAUUGAAUGGAAUUGGCAGAGAUGGUGAGCCAUUUAGGCGCCUGACAGAGAAAAACAUAAAGACAGUGCUAGAUUUUCUGUUUUGGUUGUCUGUAAAUCCUAAGGGGCUCCAAGAAGAGAUGUUAGGUGCUGGUGAUGGCAGGUGGAAUACUAUAGUCACUCAUGCUCAGACCUGCAUAAUUGAUGAUAAAAAGAUGUACUCUCACGAAUCUUCCACCGAACCUCAAAUGUGUGUUAUUUAUGAUAGUGUGGGAAAACUGAAGGGGGUAAUCGACAAGUCCCACUUUGUUCCAAUUGAUAAUCUGUCUGCUGAUAAAAAGGAUCGUGCACGCAAGUUACUUAGCUCUGUCUUAGAACCACCUGCAUUUGGAGAGCGAUACAAGUCCUCCUUCAACGAUAAAGAUGCCCUUCUGAAGGAGUUUCCAUACAUAUCAUCUGACACUCAUGCUUCCACAAGCUCAUCAAUCUCCGGUCUCCCUGUUUAUGAAGAUAUGAGUGGAUAUCAGACAAUAGAGGCAGGUUCCUCGUCUCAGAGCACCAUCGAUCCUAAUAACUCCUAUUACUCUGGGCCUUGCGACUCUCUUGGAUCAAAAGAAAUGGGAGAGCCAUCCAACCCCGCCUCUGGCCAGUUUCCUUAUCCUCAAAUCACAGAUGAUGAGACUUCAUUUUUAUUUAAUAAUGUGGAGGAUUUCAGAGCACGUUCUUCCCUAAAGAGUAUGCUGCUCUCGGAAAAAGACACGGCUGAUGCAGAAAAGCAGUUGGUAGCAUGCUCUUGCAGAAACGGGAACAUUAUGCAGGAGUCGAGCGGUGUUGGAGUUAGAAGCAGUGGACAUUCAAACGCCUCAUUUUACAGCACAAGUACAGCAAUGGAACUUUGUUUUGAUGAGUGCUACUACUGUCCUUAUAGCCCAAACCCCAUGAUGCAUUAUGCUGCUGAUAUUCUUAGUCGAAACGAGACGUGUGACGGUGGAGCAGCGUCUCCGUCUCCGCUGGUUGAUCCGCCAAAGAGGUGGAAGAAACUGUCGAGGCUAUGGUUCUCGUUGAGCGAAUGGAUGUCGAUAGAUGCUAGCCGUAGGCGCAAGAAGAGGAGAGUUGGCUAACAUGAGAUGGUCUCACACAUAAUGUUUUUUUAGGCAUUGGCUUUGGCGGAGAUUUAAUAUAUAGGCCGAUUAGAAAAGGCUGCCCCAUUAAGACAAGCUCUCAUCUCAACUUUCGACAAGCCUCGGGGCAUGUCUUUUAAACCCAUGAAGCAACUAAAGAAAUUAUUUUUCUAAAUUGCUGGCUAGCUUUUUUUUUUUUAUUAAGUCAAAUAAGAUUUUUCAGCUUAUAUUUAUAUAGACAAAUAUGGUUGUAUGAUAGACCAAAUAGUUAGUAUAUCUUUGAUAAGGGUUGGUAUCAAGUGAGAAUUUAGAAUUUUGUGACACCUAAAAACAAUUAUGGACCCUUGAUUCUUACUAAUCCAAUGGUUGACAUUAAUAGAUGAAUUUUAUAAU